AUUUGUUCAUAUUGUGGGCAGACGUUCAAAGGAACUUCCGCCUUGAUGGCACAUGAGAGGUCUCACAUAGCAGAGAAAGUAUAUAAGUGCUCGCAGUGCGAGAGACCGUAUGCCUGUCGUUUUGACCUCCUACGACAUGAGAAGAACCAUGCGGGAGAGAACCCACAUCAGUGUGCUUCAAAUUGUGGCAAGUGCUUCCAUCAGAACACCCCCAUGCCCCUGUGCCAGGAAAUCUGUCCGGCAGAGAAGGGCUCUGUGUCCUUCGAGGAGGUGGCCGUGUAUUUCACGGAGGAGGAGUGGGCUCUGCUGGAUCCUGGCCAAAGAGCGCUUUACAUGGAAGUCAUGCGGGAGAAUUUUGGGACCGUGGUCUCUCUGGAAACAGAUGAUGGGGAACCACUUGUGAAUGGAGAAAGAGAAGAAGAGAUGGAGGUGGAUGAAGAAAUUGUAAAUCAAGGCAGAACCCAAAGGGAAGGGGAGCAGCACCAGCAGAAGAAAUCAUUUGCCUUUUCAGGUAGGAAUCUGCAGGACACUGGAAAGAGCUUCAGUCAGAGUCUACAUCUUACUACUCACCAGACGACUCACACCAGGAAAACAUAUAAAUGCUUGGAAUGCGGAAAGAGCUUCAGUCGGAAUCACCAUCUUAUUUCCCACCAAAGUAUUCACACUGAGGAUAAACCAUAUAAAUGCUUGCUGUGUGGAAAGAUCUUGAUGCAGAGAACAGACCUUCUUUAUCACCAAAGGAUUCACACUGGGGAGAAACCAUAUAAAUGCUUGGAGUGUGGAGAAAGCUUCAUUUAUUAUAAUCACCUAACUUUACACCAAUGUAUUCACACAGGACAGAAACCGUGUUUCUGA